UUAAUGAUAAUUAUUGAUUUCUUAGACCUGGAAUAAGAUAUAACAUAUUUGUCCUUACCGUAUAAUAACUGGAAUGAUAAUCUCCAUCAAGAUUACUUACUAUAAUACAUAUAACUAAAAUUAAUGAAAGAUUACAUUCAUGCUUAUAUAAAAGGGAUGUCCUGCAACCACUCUUCCAUCAUCAAGAAAAGAAGCAACAACUAGUUAAAUCUCAUAUAACAGUUCAAGCAUGACAUCUCAAUCUACUUUGCUCGUCUUGCUCCUUGCAUUAGUAUGUCUCAUUCAAGUCUCUUUGGCAAGCCAACGUUUUGAUGCAUCCUAUCUGGCAAAGCCUCCUGUUGGCCCAACAACUUGCCCAGUUCCUACAACUCAGUGUUCAAGUGCUUGUGACAGACGAUGCUCAGCAACAUCGCAUAAGAACAAUUGUUUAAUGUUCUGCAACAUGUGUUGUAACUGGUGCCAAUGUGUUCCACCUGGUACAUAUGGACAAAAAGAAUGUUGCUCAUGCUACAAUGAUUGGAAGACAGAGCAAGGGACACCAAAAUGCCCUUAAACUUGAUAAUAUUUAUAGAUAAUUAUUUUUUGUGGACUUCUUAUAUGUACUUGUCAUGAAAUUGAUUCUUCCAUGUCAUGAAAAGCAAAUAUAUGCUUAUUA